GAUGACACAUUUUGAUUGUAUUUAACACAUUGUAUUGAAUUCAAAUUUUUUGUUAAAACAUUUUAAUGAUUAAAUAAAGUGAACAUUUAAUGAUUAACUAUUAAACACAAUUAUGAGUUGCAAUUCAUUAAUGAAAAAUCGCCAAAUUAUUGGCCAAAGUGUUGUGUUAGUGCCCUAUCGGGAACUACACGUCCCGAAGUAUAACCAAUGGAUGAAAGAUCCGAACUUACAAUACCUGACCGGUUCAGAGCCAUUAACACUUGAAGAAGAGUUAGAAAUGAUGGACAGCUGGAACUCUGACGAAAAUAAGUGUACAUUCAUUAUAUUAGAAAAAAAUCUUUUCCAACCCAUCGGAGAUCAGAUUAAGUCAAUGAUUGGUGACGUAAACUUAUUUUUCGAUACGACUAAUAAUGAAGAAAAGACGGCAGAAAUUGAAAUAAUGAUCGCCGAAGAGUCAUAUCGUGGUAAAGGUAGAGGUAAAGAGACCGUACUCUUGAUGUUACGAUUUGCUAUACAAGUGAUUGGAGUGAAGAUUUUUGUAGCAAAAAUCAAAUACAAUAACAAGAGUUCACAAAAUAUGUUCAUUAAAAUAGGAUUUAAUGAACGCUCCAGAAGUGAUGUUUUCGAAGAAAUCACUUAUGAUUUGACAGUCAAUGACAUGUGGUUCGAGUCUAUCGUUAAAAACAACACAAAUUUAAUUGCUUUAAUAAUUUACAAGAGUUGCAAACGGAUCGCAUAA